AUGGGAAAGAGAAAGAACAGGAAAAUUUGGCAAAAUGGUGAGCAAAAUCAAAGUGAUGGAAGGCAGAAUGUGGAAGAGAAUAGUAAAGAUGUUGUGCUAAAAGUUUACAUGCAUUGUGAGGGAUGUAGCAAUAAGGUCUUCAAAUGCUUAAAGGGAUUUGAUGGUGUUGAAGAUGUUGUGAUUGAUAAUGAAAAUCAGAAAGUGAUUGUGAAAGGAAAAAACGUUGAUCCAGUGAAGGUUUUAGGGAGACUUAAAAAGAAGUAUAGUAGGAAUGUAGAGUUGAUUUCUCCCUUACCAAAACCAGAUGAUGGAGACAAAAAGGAGGUCCAAAAGAAACAAGAGCCGAAGAUGAAAAUUAUUGUGCUCAAAAUGUACAUGCAUUGUGAAGGAUGUGCAAAUGACAUCAAAAGAACUAUUGGGAGGAUGGAAGGAAUUAUGUCUGUGGAACCUGAUAUGGAAAAAUCAUUAGUGGUAAUAAAGGGAUUGUUUGAUCCACCAAAAUUGAUUGAAAAAGUUACUAAUAAAUUGGGAAAGUAUGUAGAGAUUGUGAAGCAAGAAUUUGAAGAGAAAAGAAAAGGGAGACAUCAAAAGAAAGGCAAAGAACAAGAAAUUAUGGUGUACCCUCCCCAAUACCAUGUGCAAUACAUCUACCCUUCAAUGGUUUUGAGUGAUGAAAAUGUUUUUUCAUGUGUAAUUAUGUGA